GGCUAUCCUCCAAACAGGGACCCAGCGGGUCAAGAGACCAACAGUAACGGGAAACGAAUCACAAUAAUCGGAACUGAUCACGAUGCACUAAUCCCGCCGACUGAUAAGCUCCUCGCAUUUCGUUCCUUGACUGGCAUAGACACUGUGCCUGCUUUGUCAAGCGCCGGCCAUGCCAGGCGCGCGGCGCCCAAUAUUGGUCUAUACUUUCGAGUAAUCGAAGCAGAGCAGAAGGCAGCCAAGAGCUACAAAAUCUUUCAUAUCGCUAUAAACUUUUGUCUUGGAGCGCAAAUCAUCGUUGGCGCCGCGUUGACGGCAAUCGGAGCCGCUGACGGCUCUCGCCAUGCGGUUACUGGACUAGGCGCCAUGGGCACAAUCAUGGCAGGGAUAUUGACAUAUCUUAAAGGGUCUGGCCUUCCUGAUCGGUUCAAAAUCCAGGAGAACCAAUGGAGAGAACUUCGUGAGCACAUUGAGCAACGCGAACGGGAGCUUUGUUUAACCGACUGCACUCUUGACGCCCAAGAGGAGGUGUUUAUUAUUGAAGAGAUGUACAACCAAGUCAAGGCUGAGCUCGAUGCAAAAAGUCCUGGGAUUCGAUCUCGGUUU